GAUAGGUUCGGCGAAUCUUAUUUCAAGACUCUUUGAGCCUUGACGUUUUACUUGUUGGGAGUUCCUGCGUAUGAGUCUUUGUAUUUACGGAAUUGUGUGUUUUUGAUUGUUGUUUUAAACGCUUUACAAAUAGAAAAUGUCUAGAUUUCGUGAAUGGGACCUGUCGUGCAAAGUAUAUGUUGGAAAUUUAGGUCCCAGUGCAUCCAAGCAUGAUCUGGAAAGGGCAUUCAGUAAAUAUGGCCCCCUUAGAAAUGUGUGGGUAGCUCGAAGCCCUCCAGGCUUUGCAUUCAUAGAGUUUGAAGAUCCUAGAGAUGCAAAGGAUGCUGUUCGAGCACUUGAUGGAAUGAGGCUGUGUGGAACUCGAGUUAGGGUUGAAAUGUCUACGGGACGCACAAGAAGAGAUGAAGGCCGCAGACAUUCAAGAUCGCGCUCACCGCCACCAAAGCGGUCACGGUCACGAUCAAGGAGCCAUUCAGUAAAAAGAUCUCGUUCGGGUUCAUGGGAUAGGCAGUAAAAUACUUGGUGAUAAAAUACUGCACCUUAUCAAUAAUAUGCACAAACUAUUGACGAACCAUGUCUGUAGGCAUUGAUGCACUUAAGAUCAGAAACUUCACAUUUCUGUUUAUUCAUGUGAUGUCAUUUUGUAAUGUCUUUACUUUAUAAUAACUAAUAAAUUUAUAAUAUCUUGUUUA